GGCGGAUUGGCUCGGCAACUACGGCGGUCUGAAGGAGCUCUGCGGUCAGGUGUCAUUGGGUGAAACGUGACCCAGAUGCCCAGGCGGUCACUGAUUCUACCAACUUCGACGAACCGGGCCGAAGCUCUCCGGGCAAUUUUCCGUCUCCCCUUCUUUUACGUUUUUCCUCCCCCAGAAAUCGCGCCGGGAAAAAAAUCUUGUCUUCCUUCACAUUUCACUCUCCCAUCCUCCUCUCCACCCCCUUCACCUCUCAUCCUAUCCUCCCUCAUUCAUCCUUCACUCCCUUCGAUUGAGUCGACCGGAGUGUUCUCUACUUCUCUAAUUUUUUUGUACUAUUUAUUUUAAUCAGCUCACUAUGUUGCCCUCUCGUUUUUGCCGUGCGGUAAGUUCCAUCGUC